AUGACGAAUUUGGACGUGGUUUACGACAAAAUUCACUUCAGACACGAUCUGAGGUGGUCUGAACGCGUGACCUUGGGCGACGGCGGCGCGAGGGUAUGCCUUGCUUGCGUUAUAGAGCUGAUGGAGAGGGACGACAUCUCGGCGGUGCGCAAGUCGAUGGCGUUGGCUGGUGUGUUAGAGUUGCUUAGGAACCGGCCUGGGGUUCUGAGGGAAUUACUGCUGCAAGAUGAAAGGGUGUGUCUACAGCUGACAGCCUCUCUACUGAUGCUGCUUCAACUGUUACUGGAUGUCCAGAGUGAGCAGACUCUGUGGUAUGUCUUGAGUGAGUUGCAGACAGAGCGGUGUGUGUGUGUGUUAUUGAGUCCAGAUGAAGCGUUGAAAGCUGCAGUGUGUUAUGUGUUGGCAAGGCUGUGGGGCUGUACCACUGCAGCCCAGUCUGUUCCCACUGCACUCAGAGACAGAGUGUGUGUGUUAGUGCUACACACACUCACACACGCCUCUUCCCCAAACCUCACGGUCAACUGUCUGGGUGUCCUGAAGCAGAUGCUGAAGUUUGGAGAAGUGGUGUGUGUGCUGAUGAACUGUGAACUAAACUCGUCUGAGUGUAACGUUGAGAAGAGCAUGGACAACUCACAGUCUACACAACCCUCUCUGGAACACUGCUCUCUACCGCUCAUUCUCAAAAAGCUGUUAUUGAGUGGAGAUGAAGUCUUGCAGGUUGCCAGUGUGCAGUGUAUGUGUGCUGUACUGGUCCACUCGCCUUCCCAGUACUGCUCUCCCUUCAUUAAGGCAGACGUCCCCGAGUUUCUGUUUGAGCGUGUGAACAGUAGCAGUGAGGUGAUGUUGUGGACAGUGUAUGGCUGUCUCCUGCUGCUGACUGAGGAUCUACUUUUCUUCUCUCACUGUCACUCUGUUUAUGGGAUUGAGUCUCUGGUGCGUAGCCUGAAGGGAGCUCUGAAGUUGUCCAAUCUGGAGGUGCACAAACAGGGUUUGUUACUUCUCACUGUCAUACUGGAGAGGCAGCCGGCCGGGGUGCGUUUGUUCCCCGCUGCACCAGCGUUUGUGGGUGUGGCAGAGGUGGUGUUGGGGGGUGUGGCCUCUGCCUGUCUGCAGGUGGCCACUCAGGCCGCCCGAGCUGCUGCUGCCGUCUUCAGAGUGAAUCAUCAGUCCAGUCCAGUGCAGUAUAGAGAGUUGAUAAAGAUAGUGGAGGCUGUAAUGGCUCGAUGCUCUGAGCUCCCUCUGUCCUCUGUCUCUCGCCACACAACCGCUGGGACAUUCUCUGGUCCUGAGUCCAGCUGUCAGAGUUCAAGAACAGGAAAGUUUCUGCUCCAGACCCUACACUGCAUUCAGGAGGCCUGCAGCCUGGCGGAGCAGUGUAAUUCUGAGCCCAGGCUGAAGGAGAAUGUGUUCAGCGCUCCAGACAAACAGAACGAGGACACACUGGAGUCUCUAUGUGUGUGUCUGUUACACUGCUGUGAUAAAGCCCUUAUCCCUAAAGUCAUUACACUCUGUGAGCGUUCUCCCAGUGCUCAGGUGCUGAAGCUGUUUUUCUCCAUCCUGUCGUCUCAGUUCACCCUGUCCCCCUCCCACAUGCCGGCGUUCACCAGCAAACUGGCCUCUUCUGGUUUCAUUAGAUUUUCACUGGAGAAUAAAGCUCUUCUUUGUUCAGGAAACAGCAGUAUGCCUCUGUGAGAGUUUCUGCUAAACACCUCUGUAAAUGUGGCAUGCAGUGGCUUUGUGCUCACACUCUGCAUGAGUCUGCUCUCUCAGGAACACUCCGACAACACCAACCACAUCUAUGACGAUGUGGAGGCUGUGUUGAGGUUGUCUUUGCCGUCUCUGAGCAGUCGAGUGUCUGAUUGGCCGUCAGUGCUUUGUGAGGGACCUGAGCCCGACAGACAUACUCAGUACUGCCUGCUUCUCCUCAUGUACCUCUCACGACUGCACGGAGACAGGCUCUUCCCAGACUCCAGGUUGUUUGCGUGUGUAGUGAGAGUUGUGGUGUGCUGGGUACAGGAGCAGGCUGACAGUCCACCUCCUCCUGCUGUUCUGAGAUCAGUUCUCUUCCUGCUGGCUGUCAGUCAGGACAGUAACCCUGACCUGGACUGGGCUCCACUGAACAGUCUGAGUAAAGCUCUCUCCUCCUGCCCUCUCUUCUCCUCUGUCUGCUCCCACCAUCCCUCUGUCCUUCAUUUCAUCUUCCGUUAUCCCGAACUUUCUGAGCGCUUUGGACUGGACGCUCUCUCUCUCUGGCUGAGCCAUGGAUUCGAUCCAGAACCUUCUGGAGCCACAGAGAGCAGCCUGGACAUGUCUGAGCAGAACUCAGUGCUGCUGGUUCUGAUGGAGAAAAGGCCCACUGUCAUUCUGACACUGCUGAGCGUAUCAGUUCAGAGUGACAUGGAUGGUACUGAUCUUAAACUACUUUACCAUGUGAGUAAUCUGGUGGCCAAACUAAAGUGCACCGAUAUGGAACCUCUCCUGCCUGCAUUUAAUUACAUCUACUGCUGUCUUAACCAGUGGCCCAAACACUGCACUGACAGAGCUGUGUCGAUGCUGCUGUGUAAUACAGGACUGAUGGAGAAACUGCAGAUGGUGCUGAAUGUCUUGCCUCCAUCUUCCUCUGUCUCAUCCUUCUCUUCUCUUCCUCCUUCAUCAGCACUUUUCUCCUCUUCCUCUCUGCUCCUAUCCUCGCUCAUCACACUGCAACACACACACUCUGCACAGGUUCACAAGAGUAUCUCUGUAAAUCUGCAUGGUGUGGUGAAAAUGUUGGCCUUUAGGAAGAGAGAGGCAGACAGUCUGUUAUUGGCGUGUGCAUUGCGGUUGCUGCAGGCUAUGUUUGAUGUGGAUCUGAGCUCUGGGUUGCUGUGUGUGAGUGAAGUGCCUGGUGUGUGGCAGCGCCCCCUGCAGGCAGAGGACAGUGUUUUAUAUCCACUGGGCUCCAGGGCUGCCCACUGUCUAAUGACCACACUGUACGGCCUCAUGCUACAGAAGCAGGAGUUGUUGCUGUGUGUGACAGUGAACUGCAUGCGGUCAUUAAUACACUUCUUGCAAAGGAGGAAUCCAGCUACAGCCCGGCACUUGUUGUCUCAGCCCUGGAGUCGUUUGCUGCUCUACACAAUGCUGAACUCAGGAGAGAGUUACCUGUUACACCCUGCCACACUCAGCCUACUCACAGUGAUGGUGCAUUGGCGCAGUGAGGCAGUGCAGUGGGACAGUGAUCUGGUGUGUGUGUGUGAAGCAGUAGAGAAGACAGGAGUGAAGACACUUGAAGAGAGAACUGUCCAGGCCCUACGACUGCUCCUCACACAGGCAACAGGGAAAGACACUUACGGUGAGUUUAUUGCUGUCCCCCACCCCCCUGACUACAAUGUGCCAAUGUAUCUGGCGCGUUUAGAGACGCUUGAUUUGAUGCACUGUCUACAGUCAUACGGAAAAACCCGCGGGGGCUGGAGCGUUUUGUCUAGGCGGAUAGAAACAUCGAUGCGGGAUGCCCUUGACUUUAUUAAGGAGUGA